UGUGGUGUACAUAAGUUGGGUCAUGAAUUAAAUACAUUAGGUACAUUUUCUUUUUAGGUUAUGGAGAAUGCGGAAAAGAAAACAUUGACAGGUUUUUGCUACUGGGGUGGGAAACGAAAGUUAAAUGCCAAUGGCACCUUCUUGUACAACGGUGGGACGUGUGUAGCUGUUCUACUUGAGGAAGGAAGUAAAAUAAAUGAGUUACGUGAGAAGGUUUGUGGUGCCCUUAACAUGAAUUUGGAAGGUAAAUUGUACUUCUAUAACACAAAGAGGGACAAGACGAAGUAUGUAACAUUGAAUGAUGACAACGGUGUUGCAAUGUUGUUCCACCUGAACGAAGAUGAUGUCGACUUGUUCGUAGAAGAUAUAGGACAAAAUAAUGACAAUAUCCCAACCUUUUACAAUUCUACAAGGGAAUCGAUGGUCACUGACAACAUUAGCUCGCCUGGAGGAACAGUGGCAGUACCUUCUCCCAGUCAGGUAAGCAAUAGUUGUAGCCAAGAGAUGGGGUUGGUACCGUACUUGCCGAAAAAUGCAAAUGAGAUAUUAACCGGGAAGGGUCAACUAUUUGAUAGCCCUGACCUAUUCAAGCAAUCAGUGCUACUAUUUGCUGCAUCGAACAAGUUUAGCUUCAAUUACUUGGAUAAUAGUAGAAUGUACUACCGAUUGGUAUGUAAAGUAGUGGGGUGUCCUUGGAAGCUUACGGCAAAAUGUGAGGGUUCCACUGAUUUGGUUCAUGUCAUAAUGUUUAGGAAUGAACACCUACACAAUGCAGAAGAUGCUAGUAAUUACAAGUUGAUCUUUCGCAGUCAACAAGUGGGCUUGCUUUUCAAAAACCGAAUUGUGGACAAGCCUGGAUAUUUGCCGAGGGAUAUUUGCAGGGACUUCGAGCAUACCUUCCAAUGUUGUCUGAAUUACAGUCAAGGAUGGAGGGCGAAAGAAAAGGCAAAGGAAGCCAUCACGGGACCUCUUUCGAUGACUUUCCACCUAGUCCCAUGGAUGUGUCGAUCGCUUGUUGAAGCCAUACCAAACACGAGAGCAAUAUGGACGUCGACAAAUGAAGGCAAGUUCAAGCAACUAUUUGUUUCUUAUGGUUGCUCUAUUGCUGCAUUCAGAAAAGGUUAUUUAAGGCCAGUUUUGAAAUUGGACGCAUGUUUCUUGACUGGAUACUAUCGGGGCCACGUUCUAUCGGCUAGUGCACAUGAUGCGGACGAUGGAUUGUACCCCUUAGCAUAUGCCAUUGUGUCGAGUGAGAAUGAUGAAGACUGGUUAUGGUUCUUGAUUAAUCUUAUCGAAGUUAUUGGAGGACUUCAAGUUGUGUUGGUCACCGAUCGGAACACUUCUUUGUUGAGUAGUAUAAUUAAGGUUUUUGGCGGGGAUUGUAAUUCAUGGUGUCUCCGUCACCUAAAGGAAAACUUCAGCAAGUUUGCUAGCUCAAAGGGGUUGAAAGCUGAAAGACGGAACACGGCUCUAAAGGUGGUUAAUGAUUUUGCGUAUGCAAGGACCGAAGACUCAUUCAAGUAUCAUUUGGGCAAGUUGUAUGGGAUUUGUCCUGAUCUUUCAAAAUGGGUGGAAGAUAACAAUCCAAAGCACUGGUCGAAUGCAUUUUUCCCUUACAAGAGAUGGGACAAGAUGUACACAAAUCUGGCUGAAUGUUUCAAUUCUUGGAUAUUGCCAUUAAGGGAAUUGGACAUCAUCCAAUUUAUAACAGGACAUGUGUCCAAGACCACUAAGUUGUUGCUCCGUAAGCAUACCGAGGUUAGGAAAUGGAAAUUGCCGGUUGGGAAACAAAUUGAGGAUGACAUUAAGAAGUCUCAAUAA